UUUUGUCUGCAUUUCUGCAUGUCUCUAUAUAGAAGAGCCUCGUACCAUACAGAUCUUGUACUCAACAGUAAAACACAAACACAAGUAUACAAUCGUAAAAGAGAAGGAGGGAGCAUGUUGAGUUUCAAGCAACAAAUAACUCAAUCCAUAUUACAAAAUCCAUUUCUAUGUACUCUCAUAUCUACAAUUCUCAUAUGUUUCCUCAUGAAACGGCGGCAACCAACGCCUACGGCCAAGAAAACACUCCCUCCGUCGCCAGCAAAAAUCCCAAUACUCGGAAACCUUCACCAAAUCGGUACACUCCCUCACCGUUCUCUUCAAUCCCUGGCCAAAAAACAUGGACCCUUAAUGCUUCUACACUUCGGAAAAGUUCCAACACUCGUUGUUUCAUCGCCAGACGCCGCGCGGGAAAUUAUGAAAACCCAUGAUGUAAUCUUCGCAAACCGGCCGGAAUCCAGCGUUAUGAAGCGACUUCUCUACGACAUGAAGGAUUUAGCCGUCGCACCGUAUGGAGAGUACUGGAGACAAUUGAAAAGCAUUUUUGUCCUCCAGCUUUUGAGUAACAAAAGGGUACAAUCAUUUUGUGCUAUAAGGGAAGAGGAAACAGCCUUGAUGAUGGAAAAAAUUAAGGAAUCAUGUAUUUCUUCAUCUCCAUUGAAUUUGAGUGACUUGUUUAUGGCGAUUACGAAUGAUAUUGUUUGUAGAUCAGCUUUCGGAAGGAAGUACAGGGAUGGGGCAAUUGGGGAGAAAUUUCUGGAGCUGAUUAGCGAAUUUUUGGGACUUUUGGGGAGUAUUAAUGUUGGCGAAUUCAUUCCUUGGCUGGCGUGGAUUAAUCGUGUUAAUGGUUUUGAUGCUAGAGUGGAUUAUGUUGCUAAAGAACUUGACGAAUUUCUCGAAGGAGUAAUUGAAGAACACCUGAAAAAUGGUGUGGAAAAUCCAAGUGGAAAGGAUGAAAGCAAAGAGAAUUUUGUUGAUAUUCUGCUUAGGAUUUACAAGGACAAUAAUACUGGUGUUUCCAUUGAUAGAGAUAGUAUCAAAUCAAUCAUUUUGGAUGUGUUUUCUGCUGGAACAGAUACCACAUCCACAGUUCUAGAAUGGGGAAUGACAGAGCUCUUAAGGCACCCAAUAGUUAUGAAAAAGUUGCAAAAUGAGGUGAGGGGAAUUCUCAAUGGCAAACAGGACGUAACAGAUGCUGACUUAGAAAAAAUGCAUUAUUUGAAAGCCGUUGUGAAGGAAACUCUACGAUACCACACGCCAAUCCCAUUAUUAGUUGCUCGAGAAGCAAGAAAGGACGUCAACGUAAUGGGCUAUGACAUUGCAGCAGGGACGAUGGUCAUGACAAAUGCAUGGGCCAUUGGCCGAGACCCUAUUUAUUGGGACGAACCAGAAAAGUUUCAGCCAGAGAAAUUCUUGAAUUCAUCGAUAGAUAUCAAAGGACUCGAUUUCCAGUUGAUCCCUUUUGGGGCCGGUCGAAGAGGUUGUCCAGGGAUCUCUUUCGCAAUGGCAACUAACGAACUUGUGUUGGCAAAUAUUAUUCAGAAAUUUGAUUGGGAAUUGCCUAAUGGAGCAAAAGGAGAGGAUUUGGACAUGAGUGAACGCCCAGGCGUUUCAGUCCAUAGAAAAGUUCCUCUUAUGGCUGUUGCAACUAAAUGUUAUUUCUGAAUGAACCUUUUGAUACACAGUUUUAGAUUAUAAUGGAAUGUAUUGUAUAAUUACCAAAUAAUAUGGUGUGUUUCGUUUUGCAAUGAGAAGCGUACAAGUUUUAUUCAGUUA